AUGUUAGCAUGCUAUCAUGUAGGAAUCUACAGCGGGGUCAAUCAAAUCGGUGAAGGCAGCGGGGAAACACCUGAAGUCGCAGAGCAAGAGGCCGCUUGUCAUGCAGUGCGGCGCCUCUUUGGCAUUGACGAGGACCGCCCUCCUUUGCCUCUGACUGGGCCUUUCACACCGCUCCCCCUUUCUGCAAACUUGCCUAACCCCUCUAUUAUUACCUAUUUCGAGGCUACUACCAGCAGGCCGUAG